GUGACGUCACACAAUGUCCUUGGCUUAAAGAGGAUAGAACUCUUGAUGGACUAUCCUCUUUAUGGGAAUUUACGCGAUGUCCAAAAAGUUCCAAAAAGAAAUAAACAGACAAGUGACAAGUGAAAGUGUUAAGAGUAAACGUAACGAGUUAAAAGUUGAUGAAAAUUCAGCGCUUGAGGUAACGGUUGGCUUCGUAAAUGUCAAACGGUGGAAUCUUCUCAAAGCUUCAUUUUCAUGUGAAACUAAUCAAAGUUUUGCCACAAAAUUAUUAGAUUUAGCACAGGAUUACUUAAGUAGAUCCGCGUGUAAAACUCAAGAUGACAAGAACAGUCACAAAAGGGAGGACAAUGAAUCUGCAAGUCCAAACAAACGUAGAAAGAACGAAACGAAAAAGGAUAAGAAAGAAGUUUUCAUAACAAAUGAAGAAACCGUUGUCAGAAAUAGUAUGGACAAAAGUGCUAGUGAACAACAUAUUCAGGUACACACAGAAAACAUAAUGUCUUCACAGAUAGCAUCUGAACUUCAAAUAACCCCAACACAUAGUGCUAACGUUCAAAAUUAUGAUCUAAAUAACAAGGACAUGAGUAACAAAUCUGUACUCAACACAGAGCAGAAAGAAGAGAAAGUUAAAAAGAAAAAAUCAACGAGUAUUGAAAAGCCUCCAAGGAAAGAAAAAUCAACAGAAACGAAGAAGAGAGUGGACCAUGACAUUAGGAAAGCUCCUGAACUUGGGUUACAAACUGAUAAUAAAAUAGAUGCACCUAAAACAGUUCAAGAAACCACUGAUGUAUCUAGCAGAGUUGCAAUAAAAAUUAAGCUGUGUCAAAACUGCAAUACUCACCACAUUCAAGAUCAGUGCCCUUUAAGUUAUCCAAAUUUUAUUAUACCUGACGCUGUUGAUUUAAACACUUGGCAAAAUAAAUAUGAAAACUUAUAUGCAGAUCAAACAGAGAUUGUCAAAUCUGAAAAAGAAAGUGACCAUAGAAGUGAAGAUGUAAAUAAGUUUGUGUUCGCCAGAGCUUCUUUGCCCAAUUUUUUACAGUUAAUAGACACUAACACUGACCAUGGUUUAGGAGUAUUUGCAAAAAUUGAAAUUCAGGAAUUUACUCAAUUUGGACCUCUUGUUGGAAAAGUAGUGAAAGAAGUAGAUAUCUCAGAAGAUUCAAAUAUGAGAGACAUUUGGGAAAUUUGCGACGAAAACGGCGGUAAUAUUUAUUUUAAUACUGAAAAUUUGGAAAUAUCAAAUUGGAUGAGAUACGUAAGACCCGCUGCAGCCAGAGAUGAUAAAAAUAUUACAGUAAUAACAAAAAAAGACGUGUUUUAUUUCAUUACGACAAAGCUGAUUAAAAAUGGGGAAGAGUUGUUAUAUUGGCAAGAUUCUACAGUGACAACAAAUAAAAAGAAAAUGGAAAAAACUUCUUGUGGUGGUUGUAACAUGACAUUCGCUCACCCUCUCUACUACAGAACUCAUUGCUCAGUAUUCCAUGACAUUCGCUAUAGUCUGACAAUUCGCAAGUACCACUGCAAAGUCUGUGGUGCCGCUGUCUUAGGAAAAGAAAACAUUAUGAAACACGCCGCAGAACUUCACAAUGGACAAGGAGCCUACCAAUGCCAGUUUUGUAAAAAGUUUUUCCUAAGACUUAAUUACCUAGAAAUGCAUCGUACCUACGGAUGUUCCGCUAACCCGCACAGAUCUAGACCUUUAUGUGAUUUUUGUGGAAGAAAGUUUUGUCAACCUCAGAAGCUGAAAGUUCAUAUAAAACGAAUGCAUAGCGAUUUCGCAGAAGUUUUAAAAGAAUUUCAAUGUAAAAAUUGCUUGAAAAUUUUGGGCUCCAGAGCAGCUUUACAAAGACACUUGAAAGAGGUUCACCAGAAGCAAGUAGAUGGCGCUUGUUCGUGUAUUCGUUGUGGUAAACAUUUUCAAAAUAAAUCAAACUUAAAAAUACACAUGUUGACACACAGUGGCAUUAAGCCCUUUAAGUGUGUUGUGAAAAGUUGUAAUGCUGCAUUUACCACAAAACAAUGUCUGCAGUUUCAUUAUAAGAAGGUCCACAGUUUUACAGAAGACUUAAUGCCUAAAAUAGAACGAAGCAUCGACUACACUUUUGAAGCCUACAGCGGAUUGGAAGACGAUGAAAAAAAUAAAAAUGAUCCUUCGGGUAUUCAACAUAACGAAUCAAACACGGCCACUUUAGAUGAAGACAGUGAAGGGGACGAAACAAGCAUGGACAGCAAAAACGUAGAUGACCCACCCAUGGUCGAAUCCCCCACGCAAGUACAAGAAGAGUGUUCUCCGGAACCCAAUCCCAGAGCAUCCCCUCCUAUCGAAACCUACAAUAUGAAUACCGUAACUACCACCAUGAAAAUUCUAACCAAAGGAUCUAAAAAAUGGAUAGGCGACCAACCACUUCAACCGUUAAAACCUGAUCUUUACCAAAUUGAUCACCGAUUGAAGGACGAUCUUCCAACAGUCCAACUUCAAGUACCAGAAACUCAAGCCUACGAUCGUACAAAAAUGAAUCCAACGAACUUAAAUGAUUUCACUCGGCAUGAAGCGUCCAACGCCAGUCUUCUGGUGGAGGCAGCCUUAGAUUCUGUUUGCAGCGAACCAAACAUUGACAUAGAUGUCAGUACUACACCUCAUUGUACCGAUGCUCUUGUCAACAAUUUGUACACAUUAGCACCAUCUGAUAGUCUGCCGGAUGUGACAUACAGUGAAACUGUUUGCAUAAAUGAACCUCGAGACAUAAAUUUGAUUUCACCGUCGGUAAAUGAUCAUAUUUCAGUCACCGACGAGCUGAAUGACGAGUUAAGACACAAUCAGAACAUGGGGAUGGAUUAUUCUGGAUUCCACCAAGAAGAUUUUAGUCCUGGAAAUAGUCCAGAAAUGCAUCCAAGAGCAAAUUUUGUACGAAAUUAUAUAAAUACUUUGUCUCCACAUAACCAGACUUAUGGGCAACCGAAGAAUUUGUCUCCGGUGCCAGUACCAAGUCCACCGAGGUACGAUUUCGGUCAUACUGUUCCUACUGAUCAUUUAUCGUCGGAUGAUAGUAACGGCAUGGCGGCCCAAAAUCUCAGUUUGCAUUCUAAGCACGAUAUUCAGUUAGAUUUGUCAGUUUAUAAGUCUCCGUACAAAGUCGAUGGCCCAAGUUUUUCGGAUAGAAAAGACUUCAGGAUUAAAUUUGAUGACCUUGACAAAAACAAGGUGUAUAAUUUGGGUAUGGAUGCUAAUAACAAAAAUUACGUAGACGAAGAUAAUAAUCCACUUGAUGGCGAACAAGUGGAAGCAAUAAAUCAGAACGAUCUUUCAAGCAAUAUUCAAGUAGUUGAUAUGAAAGAUAAAGAGAAUGAAGAAAGUGAAAGGAAUGGCAAAUACCCCGAUGAUUUCUCUACCGACAUCCGUGGGAAGUUUGAUAUAGAUCUAGAUCUUCGCUUGAAAACGUAUGAUGUUGAAAGUGAAAAUCUAAGAGCUAGAGGUUUAUAUGAGUCUACGAACGAUCUCGAGUUUCGAAAUAAAACUUAUGAUGCAAUAGACAACAUGGAAAGUCGCAACAAAGCCUACGAUGGUACUAUGGAAUCGGACUUCCGAACUGAUCGUAAUUUUGAACCGCUCGUAUUAAAUUCAUCAGAACUUCAAGGUUUGGACAUGUCAGCUAGAAGUUUCCAUAACUACUCCAACAUCAACAGAUACCAUCACUUAUACCCUGACGUAGAUAGGGUGGAUUUGCGAUUGAAUUACAGUCCACCAGCGCCGUCUUAUACACACGCUGAUAUUCUGCGUGUAGUUUCUCUAGACUUAACACCUCCAGGGCGUCAUAGCGUGGAUCUAAGUCUUCGUACUCACCCUUUACAUCAAAUAGCCAACUCUAGACUCUUAUCCGAGCAUGCAAUUCAAACUACUCAGCAUCGUUUACUGGAUCAAAGCAGGCUUUUGAGUUCCGACUUAAGUGGAAGAAUUCUUUCAGAUCACACAACAAAUCGAAUUUUGUCGAAUAACGAUCAGCUUACGAGUAAUCAUUUGCUAACUGCUGAUCAAAGAUUGUUGAAUGAUGAGUCACGAAUUAUUUCGGAGCAGCCGCGACUGCUAGAGCAGAGCCGCCUUAUCGGAGACGGAAGAAUUUUAGCACCAACAACACCAAGUGGAGCCGUCUCACCAAUUCCCGCGUUUAGCGGAUAUUCGGUUUCACAGAGUCCUUAUCAUCCAACACCUUUAGCUCCUAGACCGCAUGUUUCUUCACCAACACCCACACCUUACCAUCACUAUUCAACCUAUUAUUAGCAUGGAACUGUACUGAAAUUUGUGAUGCUGCAAGCAGUUUAUGUGUGUCGUAAUUUUCGUAUGAUAUUAAAUUAUUUGUUGAAUAUUAUGUAGGCAAUGAUACAAUUGUUAUUUUAAUAUUGUUAUACUAGUCACAAUGAAAAUUUUUUGUGCCAAAUUAUUUAUUCUACUUUUAGCCUAAUUGUUGUUGUCUUUACACCAUUCGUGUUUAUCAUGUAAUAAUAAGAGAAUAAAUUUUUUAUGGAGACUAAUCGUUUCUAAUAGACU